AUCACGUAUAACUUCCUCAUAUAAUAACCCACAUCAUGAUGUAUCACAGACCUCUUGAUAUUAACAAUCAAUUGUCGGUGCAGUCGGAUAUUAAAUGUCCUUAGAAUGUAUUUUAAAUUUCCGUUACUCCUUUUCAAAUUAGUAUAAAAAUUAUGUGACACACUGGAAUUCCGUAUAUGUUUAUUAUAUAUUAUCUAGAAACCGCGUCUUUAAGGAAUCCUUGAAGUCAAAAUAUGUUUAUAAACAAACUUUUCGGGAAGGAAUCCAAACCUAAGGCGCAGAAAGAUCAAGAUACCAAAAAAUCUAAUGAACCAGACCAAAGUACAACUACUGAAGAAAGCCUCUAUGAUGACUAUUGUGACAUAAACUAUGAGGCAUUAGGUUGGAAAGGGAUCUAUGAAACCAGAUAUAGGACUCUCAUCCCGCGUAGGCCAAUUCCCGAACCACCGACGAAGAACGAAGGAAAGUUGAUCACCAAGCAUGCUAUCGUGAAUCUUCCUCUCCAACACGUGUCAUCCAACAGACGGAUUGAAGAUUUAGACGAUGACGAAUAUGGGUACGAAGCUAGUAGUGUUAUUUCCAGACUCAAAAAGAAGGACACCACCUGGGAAGAAGCAUUUGUGGAUGCUCAUGAGUUUUUACCGUAUCAGAAAGACAGUCACAGUUUCAUGAUUUCCAAGUUUUUCUUCUUUCCUCGAGAAAACUACGAAAAGCUUUCUAUUGGCGAGAUAUGCCGAACAAUGGAGGAGGGCUCGACAGAAGUUCAGCAAGACUUGUCGAAGUAUGUCACAGCGUUUCGUCUGCCAAAUCUGAAACGAAAUAACAGGAUUGCAGAAAUCUUUAAUUUUCUCUCUUGCAAAGAGAAAUCCGUUAAACAUCUUUGCAUUAACAAACUGACGGAGGUGAUUAUGGAUGCUGAUCAGAGAAAAUUUACCAAAGAAGAAAUGAAGAACUUAUACAAGACAGGCACCACUGAACUAUUCACCGUUAUCUCAGAGACAAAGAAAACAGCCCCCAUAUUCCAGUCUCUCAUCCAGCUCGGGAUUAUGUUCAACUGCUUUAUUUACCUACGGGCCAUUGAAGCAGUUGAUGAUUGGAUUCCAUGCAUUCAGAAUGUAUUGUCAGCUAUCCAAUCUAAGAAGAAGCGUGUUAUGGAAAGAAAUGACCUUGAUGUUAUCAUCUUCGCUAAGAUGGCGAGAUGCAUGUUUGAAUUAGAAGCGGUGGAUUUCGACGAGAGUUUGUUGAUGGGAGAAGAUAUGGAUGAUUUUCUUCCCCCUUUUAACAGAGAAGACAAUGCUAUAUGUAUCGAGGGACUUGCUGCUCUUUUCCAUACAGGAAAUCUGGUGCUGAGACAGCAGUCAAAAUUCAAUCCAGGUGUUCAGAAAAUGGUAGUUUUAUCUUCAUUUAUGGAUGGUUAUACUGACGAGGGAAUGAGGAAAUGGUACCAUCGUUUGCUUGACUUGUUUAUAGUUCAUAUAUUACAACGUGAACAUUCUGAUGUAAAAUUGGAGGUGCUUGUAAAUUGUGAAAAUCAAUUACUUUCAAUAUUGAAUGAUGAGGGGUUUAGCAUGUACCACUGCCUGCUGUUUCACCAUAAUAAAAGAAUACGAUCCAGAUACAAAGAAAUCACUAAAAGAGACGACAGUACUUCAAAGACAGACACAGAGGAUCACAUACAGACAGGUUUAAGCAAGUGCGGGCUGGUGUUCAACACAUCUCCUUCAGUUUCACCUCUUAACAUUGGUUUUGAACGCAAACAAUGCACAUUUUGUAAAGUAGAUGCAUCUAUCACUUGCAUAUUCGAAGUUAAACCUGAUGAGCCAACAGAUCUGGAUGUGAAGAUUAGUUAUACUAACAGCUCCACGAUAAUUGAUGCAAUAAUAAAAAAAUUGAGACGAGAGAGGCUGGAAAAUGAAUUGGACGUGUUGAAGGAAAUUGAGUUCGGAGAUAUGGAUAGAAAUGUUGUUAGACUUCUGGCGUUCAAUCAGUCCUCGCCAAAGUUUUACAUCAAAGAAAAACUACCAGGAGACAAUCUACAAAGGCGCCUCCUGAAGGCUAGAGACGAAGGGAAGAAAAUCCCAAUCACAGAUCUCAUUGGAAUUAUCGUACAAGCUGUGCAGGCAAUUAUAUACGUACAUAGCUAUGGCUGCCUCGUUAGGGAUAUAACCACAGCGUCCUUCGGCUGCACAUUGACAGAAAAUGGAUAUGUCCUCAAACUGAAAAACUUUGAGAUGGCGGCUAAGCCGUCCGAUUUUCCUAGUGGUGGAAUAGUGUGCGGCUUAAUUGAUCUGGACUUUGACGGAGUCCCCAUUCGGUGGGCGGCUCCCGAGAGUCUGCUAAAAGGAUUCUACAGUAUCUACAGUGACGUUUGGUCUGUCAAUAUUCUAGCAGACGAAAUCCUCAACUAUGCCGCGUGGCCGUAUUCGGACAUAAUCGAUUCGGAUAUUGACGAUAUGGUAACUAAUAUUGUCUUUACUCACCUUAAACCUCAAGGAUUCAAUCGACCGAGGCGCGUCCAGGGUCUUAUUUUGGAGGGACUUGCCAGCGAACCCGAUCAGAGACUAAAACUGGAGGCGUUGCGGGAAAGACUUUUAGACAUAUCGCAUAACGUCAGCAGGGGGAAAGGCUAUAGUACAUACGACACUUAUUCUGGAGUGGAGGGAACACAUGCAAAGGUAUACGAUAUACCUCCCCUUACAGAACGACAAAUAAAACCCAACUCUGUAUUUGAAAGGGGAAUUCCAGAAUCAAUUCAAAGAUACAGGGCGCAUGAAGAGGAUUCUAUGGCUGUCUUUGCGUCAAAACUAGCGGAAGACAAUGAAAGACUACGAGAACAGGAUGGCAUCCCACUGAUAGAAAUAACAUCUGACGAGUAUUACAAGAUUGUGCACGAGGACAAACUAGGAAUGAUGAAAGUAAUGGAAAAAGUGAGCGAUGACUUCCUGAAGUUUACAUACAACAGACUGAAGGAAAUCGACAGUAGAAGGAUGUGUGUGGAACCAUGGCCUCCUACGACAAGUGUCUCAGAGGACGGUUCCAAACAACUACACUACAAAUUUCCAAGAUCAACACACCUUCUUGAUAUAGCUCUCCACAAACAACGCGGCGACACGAUUGGUCCAUACAUUGAGCUCCUCUAUGAACUGGCCAAUCACAUAGACUUUUUCCAUUCAGCGGGAUGGAUAUUUCGAAGUCUCAGAGCAAAACAUGUUUGGAUUUUGGAAACGAAAAUAUGGCUGGUGCUAUUUAUCAGGGGGAAACACCCUUCUUUGCCAAAAUAUAAAGAAUGCUGCUUUUCACUGGAACACGAACAAACAAUUGUGGUGCCCAAAUUUGGUAAAUACCGUGUGGUAGCGUCGUCAGACUACGACAUCCAUCUAGAGCAGAUCAAAGUUGAAAGACUAGAGGAGACGGAUGGAAUACAAUGGCUUCCAAUUGAAGCGAUAAAAGCCGGACUAUAUUCCAAAGAAAGUGAUGUAUAUGCCUUUGGCAUGAUCACGUGGGAAAUCAUGUCUGCGUUUGGACAGGAGGGCAUUGUGUAUGACAAGGACGAAGAGCGGGAGUUAACGUGUAUUCCAUUCAAUUAUCAACAAUCUGCAAAUAUUCUACAGCAUCUGAUUAAGGGAUAUAUUCCAGAAAAGCAUGUUAAAUGUCCGGAUUGGUUUUACCAAGAAGUUACGAGGCCUUGUCUUCUACAUCAAAAAAUCGACAGACCAUCAAUGAAAACCAUCCUACAAAUCCUGAGUACGAGACUUGGGAAGUCACUUCCAAAACAAAUCCUAAGUCUUCCACCAUUACCCCCACCACCCACCUCCACCUGGUCAACAAAUUGCCCUGUACGUCUACCUCGCCAACCUUCGGAAAGGUAUCCCUUGGUACGUCAACAAAUAUCCGAAGAUGUAGACUCGUAUGAAGAAGUCGAUUCCCUGACUCAUUUGAGAACACCUCCACCUCUGCCUCCUGUUUUAUAUCACAAUACAAAGGAAAGAAAAAACCAGGAUAGAGUGAAACGUAUACUACCACUUCCUCCAAAACCGAAAGACGUCGAAGAGAAUGACACUGAAGAAAUACCGACACUAUGGAUUAAAGGGAGAGAGGCAGAAGAAAAUGUGGCUGAAGAUGACGUUACCUUUAUUAGUCCGCCUAUUCCUAGAAGACCGCCACCUCCUGCUCCAACAGGAAAUCAAAUAGAGUCAACAGAAACAACGGAUGAAAAGUCAUGCAAAACACUGCCUCUUCCAAAACUUCCAGAAAGUAGUAUCAAAACACUGCCUCUUCCAAAACUUCCAGAAAGUAGUAUCAAUUUGAGUGAAAAUACGUCUGCUCCAACACUUCCACCAAAGCCACAGUGUGCCAUAUUUAUUGCGAAUCAAGACUCCAUAAACAUCCAUAAAACUUCAGAUUACUUAGAGUUUCCACUAAAUACUCGAAGUCAAAUAUGGGAUAAUAACAAAGGAUCAUGUAAUGAGAGAAAAGCUUCCCUACAGAGUGUGGAGGACACAGAGGGAGGAUCAGGUAAUGAGAGAAAAGCUUCCCUACAGAGUGUGAAGGACACAGACAGAGGAUCAGGUAAUGAGAGAAAAGCUUCCCUACAGAGUGUGGAGGACACAGAGAGAGGAUCCGACUUUGAUCGGACAUCAGGACUUUGCCAUGCACAACAAGUCGACAACAGUUUAGGGGACACACAGAGAGGCUCAGAUUUUUACGGGGAAUUGACAAACAUUGAAAAACAAUCUAGUCCAUAUGUGAAUGAAACGGGAACCGACACAAAACCCAUCCUGCCACCCAGGAAACCGCUGAAUAAAUAACUUGAUUAGUGCAUGUAGUUAAGCACAGUUUAAAUAUUGUGAUUCCAUUGAUAUAAUGCUACUUAGUUCGUAACAUUCGUUGUUUCUCAUUAUAUUUUUCUUGCAUUCAACAAAACGCGCAAUGGGUGCAAGUUUUCUAAUCGCGACACAUAUAGAAUACUGCACACAACAGGAUGAUUAGAUGUGAUGGAACCACCGUCUGUUGUGCAUGGGAAAGGCAAAUAUGGCAGGAUUAAUCAAACUUAUAUCUGAAAUGUGUUGAUGUUGUAAGUGUAUCAAUUUAUGAAUGGCUGCAAAUAAUUCAAGAAAUAUAGUCCCUUUGUACAAUGAAGCGAGAUCAAAAGAUCGAUGUCGGAUAAAAAUCUAAAUUCAAAUAGGGGGAGGGGGAUAAAAUCUCCCGUAAGUUUCUGUCAUCCGACAUCGAUUACACUUUAGUGGAAAAAGACAACCCCAUAAUAUUACAUUUUAAUGAACAUUGAAUAGUUUUGAUGUACACAUUCGUUUGUGAACAAACAGUAGAAAAGGUAUACAGCGUGUGUUUAUAAUUGUAUGUUUAUACUUGUUAAUCGGUUAGUUUCAACAUUCAUCAUAUUUAGUUUUAAAGGGGGUGAUAGGUCUUAAUGAAAACUAUGUGAAUUUAAUUUUUUAUCAGACAUUGAACUUUUGAUCGCGCCCCUAACACUUCUGCGUGGAAUUAAUUGAUAAAGUUGUGGUUUAAGCCCUUUUCUAACACAUCAGAAAACUUUUGCGCACCAAGGAGUUGUGAUCAUGAUAAGAGAUCGUCUCAUGAUAUCCUCAGUUGUUAUUGUGAAAUGGAGACAAUUUGAAAUCACUUCGUUCAAAAUAUGCAUGAAUGAUUCUUUAUCAUACAUUAGGUAUAAAGGCUUGUCUGUUUAUCUGCCCUACUCUCAAGUUUAUUUUCUUUAUAGGAUUUAUGAUAUUGGUCACUCUUCGUUAUCUUCAUUUUUUCAUAAAACAGAAUUUAAAAAUCCGGCAAUAGACUAUAGACCAAUGUUACCAUAUAAUGGAUAUUUCUGCGGUUAUAUAUUUUGAAUAUCGAUUGCUUACUACUUUAAGCCAAUAGCUGACUAUAGAUACGCAAAAGAGAUAUAUUACACGGCAAGAGUCCAAUGAAAGGUGAAUAACUCUUAUAAUGUAAAACUUGUACGGUACCAAUUUUGAUGCACCAGAUGUGCAUUUCGACAAAUUAUGUCUCUUCAGUGAUGCUCAACCGAAAUGUUUGAAAUCCGAAAUAACAAGCAAUACUAAAUAGAGAGUUGGGCAAACACGGCCCCUGGAUAUGUUUUGUUUUUCAAGGACCCCAUAUAUUUCAUUAUUACCCUUCUAAGUUUCUACAUAACUAACAUCCUGUCGAUGAUUUUACGUAUGUACAUUAAUUCGAAUUCUAAAAAGGUAUGUUGACAUUCAUCUUGGUGCUUUAUUGUAUGUACAACACUAAUAAAUGACUGGAACGCA